GAAAUUAUUUGAGUUACGGCCAAACUGUAUAAGUACGUGGCUUCUCGGGGGGGUUAGUCUGCGCAUGUCCACUCUCUCGUCAAAACGGGCGGGUUGGUUCCAACGUGGUGUUCUCUCCAGUCACAUUGCGGCCAUUUUUGUCGCGCCACCUCAGAUUGCCAAUCUCUGCUCGUCAUCUACGUUUUUUUUUUGUGAAUUUGUUUCACUGAACUUUGAAUAAAAGAGGAAACUAUGUGUGGGAUUCUGGCGGUUCUGGGUUGCUCCGAUGACUCUCAGGCGAAGAGGGUUCGGGUGCUCGAGCUCUCCCGCAGAUUGAAGCACCGUGGGCCGGACUGGAGUGGGUUGUACCAUCACACUGAUUUUUACCUAGCACAUCAACGUCUGGCCAUAGUAGAUCCAGCUUCCGGCGAUCAACCCCUCUUUAAUGAAGACAAGAAGAUUGUUGUCACGGUGAACGGAGAGAUCUACAACCAUGAGGAUCUACGCCGCCGCCUGCAUAAUCACAAGUUCCGGACUGGGAGCGAUUGCGAGGUUAUCGCACACUUGUAUGAAGAUUAUGGAGAAGAGUUUGUGGACAUGCUGGAUGGAAUGUUUUCCUUUGUGCUUCUGGACACCCGCAAUAACACUUUCAUUGUCGCCCGUGAUGCCAUAGGAAUCACUUCCCUCUACAUCGGAUGGGGACUAGAUGGCUCAGUUUGGAUUUCUUCUGAACUCAAAGGCUUGAAUGACGAGUGUGAACACAUUGAGACAUUCCCACCUGGUCACUUGUACUCGAGCAAAGAAGGGUCCCUGAGGAGAUGGUACAAUCCUCCUUGGUUCUCAGAGGCCAUUCCAUCAACCCCAUAUGAUCCUCUUGCACUGAGGCGUGCUUUUGAAAACUCUGUGAUCAAGAGGUUAAUGACUGAUGUACCCUUUGGAGUUCUCCUAUCUGGAGGCCUGGAUUCAUCUCUGGUGGCUUCUAUUACCGCCCGACAUUUGGGUGGAACGAAGGCUGCUAAGCAGUGGGGGGCUCAGCUGCAUUCCUUCUGUGUUGGCCUUGAAGGUUCACCUGAUCUAAAGGCUGCAAGAGAAGUUGCUGAUUACUUGGGUACCGUUCACCAUGAGUUUCACUUCACUGUUCAGGAUGGUAUUGAUGCCAUAGAAGAGGUUAUUUACCACAUUGAGACAUACGAUGUGACGACAAUCAGGGCGAGCACCCCAAUGUAUCUAAUGUCACGAAAAAUCAAGUCGCUGGGAGUGAAGAUGGUGAUAUCUGGUGAAGGCUCUGAUGAGAUUUUUGGUGGGUAUUUGUACUUCCACAAGGCGCCUAACAAGGAAGAGUUUCACAAGGAAACUUGCCGAAAGAUAAAGGCCCUCCACCAAUAUGAUUGCUUGAGGGCUAACAAAGCCACAUCUGCAUGGGGACUGGAAGCUCGAGUCCCAUUCUUGGACAAGGAAUUCAUGAAUGUUGCAAUGAGCAUUGAUCCUGAAUGGAAAAUGAUUAAACCAGAAGAAAAACGGAUCGAGAAAUGGGUUUUGAGAAGCGCCUUCGAUGAUGAAGAGCACCCCUAUUUACCGAAGCAUAUUCUCUACAGGCAGAAAGAGCAAUUCAGUGAUGGUGUUGGCUACAGCUGGAUUGAUGGGCUUAAGGCCCAUGCUGAACAACAUGUGAUGGAUAAAAUGAUGCUCAAUGCUGAGCAUAUCUUCCCCCACAACACCCCAACCACAAAGGAAGCAUACUACUACAGAAUGAUCUUUGAGAGGUUCUUCCCACAGAACUCAGCCCAGCUGACGGUUCCUGGAGGUGCAAGCAUCGCCUGCAGCACCGCAAAGGCCAUAGAGUGGGAUGCUUCCUGGUCAAACAACCUCGAUCCUUCUGGCCGGGCCGCGCUUGGAGUCCACCUUUCAGCUUAUGACAAGCAGCUGUCCUCUGCUGCUAGUGGCACGUUGGCACCAAAGAUCAUCAAUAACGCGACCCGGAUAAUUAGUGUUGCGCCCAGCAUUGCUACAUGAAACUUGGUGUUUGAUUUCAAAUAUGUGUUUUUCCUGCAAGCUUGGAUAGUAAAGUUUGCAGCUUAGCAGGGGACUUCUAUAAUAUGCCAUCGUGUAAAAAUCCUAGUAGCUACUUAGUGGAAAUAAUGUGUGAUAUGGUUGGUCGAGAAGCCUUGAUUUAGUAUGUCGUUCAAGGCUUUCAAAUGAUCUAUCUGUGUCUUGUAAUUAUUUAUAACUUUUACUGUGGUCGAGUUCUUCUCCCCUUUGCUCCCUGUACUUGUUCUCCAAAUGAAUUCAAUCUUGUUCUAGUUA